AUGAGCACGUUUCAGAAUAACAAUAGCAACAACAACAAUGAUCAUAGCAAUGAGGAACCCGAUGAUACUGUUCCCCUAUUAUCGGGCCAAAAUUCGAUCAAUUCCCUGAGCAAUAACGGAUCAAUAGCGGGCUCUAAUAGAAAUAAGAGGAAGACUAAACGUGAAAGGAGACGAAGAAUGAGAGCGGCAACAGAACAUCACAAGUUCCCUGACGAUAACAAUAACGAUGGAUUUGAAGAUGAGGAAGAUCGUGAUGUUGAUAGAGAUCAAGACAACUAUAAUUCAGUUACCGACUUUGAUCAAGCGGAUUCUUGGGGAAUGUUACAUGAAUCUGAUGUCGGCUACGAUGCAGUAGAUAAUGAGGGGUUCAUCGACCACAGGCAAUCUAUCAAUCAAAUGAUGGAUAGACCUAAAAAAUAUAAACCAUCCACAACCACACAGGGAGUUGCUCAUAGUGUUCCAUCUGUGUCUAUAGAAGUUCCUUCUCAUUUUGAUAAGAAGGAAGGGUUCAAGAAAUCACCUUUUGGCCAACUAUCACCUUCACAAUUGGAAGAUCUGGUGAGAAGGAAUGAAAAUUGGAAACAUAUGUCCAAACAUGAAUCUACUGGUAAUAUCUACCCGACUUCACCUUCCAAAAUGGCUCAUGAUGCGAUGCAACCGGAGCAUAGAAGAAAUACGUAUGCGAACAGUGAUGUUGUCAUAGAUGUCGAUGCACUCAUGCAACAUGUUCACGAACAGGCAAGUAGUCAUAAUAAUAUUGCUAGCAGUGUCAACCAUAGCAUCUCGCAACCUAGUGGUACUUCCUUAGAUGAUGUAGAGGAGGAUGAAUAUAACUCUAGGCCUUCUUCCAGAGGUUCUUCUUCAAAUUCUUCUCUUGAUGACGUUUGUCUACCCAUGGAGGAAAGUGAAGAGGAUGAUGAAGAAAAGGAAUGGCCAGACAUAUCCGUAUUAGAGGAAUUUUCUCAGGAAGAAAUUGAAAGAUUAAGGAAGCAAGCCAUUCAAGAUGCAGAAGCCUUCCAUUUCCAAUAUGAUGAAACUGAUGAGGAAGCCAACACAUCUGGAAGUGUAAAUACAGGAAAUGGUGCAGGAGAAGGUAUCUUUUUUUCAAAGCCAAUAGUCACAAACAUCGAUGUUCCUGAAUUGGGGAAUAGGAAAGUGAAUGAAGCAGAACAACUGACACAUGGUAGAUUAAGACCAAAGAAACUUGCUCCCUGGCAUCUAAUGCAACGAGGACCAUUACCCCGUGUUCCCUCUAAGAAUGCAAGAAUUUCUGAGACAAAAAUGCAACGUGAUAUGAGAGACAAUUUUCUUGUUGGUCGAAACAUUCAAUAUCCACCUCAUAUUGUGUCUAAUAAUCCAGAACAUUUUAGAUUUACGUAUUUUCGAGUUGAUUUAGAUUCCACCAUACAUUCCCCCACAAUUUCUGGGUUAUUGCAACCGGGACAGAAAUUCCAAGAUUUGUUUUGCAAUUCAGUGUAUUCGCAGGAAACGAGACAUCCUACAAGGGCUCCCUCCCUGUCACCUUUAGAUACAUCAUUCCCAGGUGCUAAUACGAAUGCUGCCAACACAACGAAGACUCCAACACCAAUGCCUCUACAAUCAAUAUUAAACAAGAAUGGUUCAACACUAUCGUCAGCAUCCAUGGGGGUACCAUUAGAUGAUGUAUCACCAUUUUGGUUAGAUGUGGUGAAUCCCACGGAGGAAGAGAUGAAAGUUAUCAGUAAGGCAUUUGGUAUCCAUCCUUUGACUACGGAAGAUAUUUUCCUUGGUGAAGUUCGUGAAAAGAUGGAAAUCUUUAAAGAUUAUUAUUUCAUAUGUUUUAGAAGUUUUGAUAUUGUUGCCGAGAAGCAUACUCGUCGAAAGAAGGAGAAGGACACAUUGACGUCUAUUAAUGAAAGAGAUGAUCAUAGUAGUAAUGCUGGUGGUGUGGGUGGUGGAUACAAGAGUUGGUUGCCACCACUUUUACGUCGUCGUAGAUCAUCAGGGAAUAAAACUAUGUCGACUACAUCAAGUCGUAAACGUCGUAAGAGUAUCAUUAAGAAGCAAGAGGAAAAGGAAAAAUUUAAGAGGAAAUCAGGUGAUAGACAUAAACCAAGAGAGGGUGAAUUGGAACCAUUAAAUGUUUACAUUAUUGUUUUCAGAUCAGCUGUAUUGACGUUCCAUUUUGCUCCGACACCACACCCAAUUAAUGUCAGAAGGAGAGCUCGUUUAUUAAAGGAUUAUUUAAAUGUGACUUCAGAUUGGCUUGCAUAUGCCUUAAUUGAUGAUAUUACGGAUGCAUUUGGACCAAUGAUUGAAUUGAUUGAAGAUGAAGUUUAUGAAAUUGAAGAUGCCAUAUUAAGAAUGAAUCAUAGUGGAGACUCCAGUGAUGAUUCAUCCGAUAGUGAAUCUGAUUCCGGACUUGGUAGUGCUGAUGAGGAAGAUGAAAGAACGUAUAUUUUUGAAAGAAGGUCUCAACGUAGAAGUUUAUUUUCUAGAGGGUCUAAUAGUACAUCAUCGACGUCAAGUAGUAGUUCAAGAUCUUCUGGUGAUUCUACAUUUAAUGCAAACUUAAUUGGAUGGAAGAAGAAAGGAGAUAUGUUGAGGCGUAUUGGUGAAUGUAGAAAAAGAGUUAUGAGUAUUCUUAGAUUAUUAGGUUCCAAAGCUGAUGUGAUUAAGGGGUUUGCCAAGAGAUAUAAUGGACAAUGGGAUGCAGCACCUCAGGCAGAAAUUGGGAUGUAUUUAGGUGAUAUUCAAGAUCAUAUUAUCACUAUGGUUUCAUCAUUAAAUCAUUAUGAAAAAUUAUUGAGUAGGUCACAUUCCAAUUAUUUGGCACAAAUUAAUAUUGAUAUGACUAAAGUUAAUAAUGAUAUGAAUGAUGUUUUGGGUAAGAUUACCAUCUUGGGUACGAUUGUUUUACCGAUGAAUGUUGUUACUGGGUUAUGGGGGAUGAAUGUUAUUGUUCCUGGGCAAUUUAGCGAAUCACUUCAUUGGUUUACUGGAAUUUUAGGGUCCUUAAUGGUGUUGGCAUAUAUGGCGUAUUUAUAUACAAAGAGACGGUUUGAUUUUUAA